GCAGGGUUCAGGUGGAGCCACUGGGAUGUGUGGAGCUCAGGCAGAGCCUUUGGAAAUGUGCAGGGUUCAGGCUGUGCAUGGGGGAGCCUUAGCAGAGAGAAUAAUCAAGUUGUGAUAGUCAGAGCACAUGGUAUGAAUUAUGUGCUGAUAGACCAAGGGGAGCAGUCUGAUGAGUCUAAUUAAUACUUUGGUGUUGGGCAAGGUAAAUAUGGAAUCACCAGAACACCUUGGUGAAGACCUCAGGAAGACUUGGCAGGUGAUUUUUGGCUAUAGGUUUUGCCACGGAAACUGCAUUGGCUGGAGCUGUGGUGCAGAGCUGCCCUCCAAGGAAGGUAGCAGGGGACAGUGAUACCUCACUAACUGGGCUAGAUGGGAAGAAUUAUAUCACAGGGCCAGUUCAGGUGAGGGAUGGCAGACUUGUAUGUGCUGAAAAGAGUUGGCAGAAUCCAAUUACAGCCCAGUUGUGUCUGGUCCUGGUUCAGUCACAAGCCUAAGUGGCUCCAGGUCAGUGUGAUGGUUUUGGUCAGACUAGGGUCUGGCAGGAUGGUAAACACUAGAGAAAAAAAUGGUGGCAUUUUAACCAUGUUGAGGGACAGCUUCAGGGUGUAACUGGGUGUUGUGACAUAGCUGCUUCUGUAACGAAGACAGGAUGAAGAUGAACCAAGAAUCUCAAGCAGGGGUGAAAUUAGUCCUUGACAGCAAUGGAUCAUUGCUGUGCCUGGCAGUUCUCUGCUGUUUUACCAAAUAAGUAAGCAAAUUAGUAAAUAAGCUCCUCCUGGACAGGAGCUGAUGCUGCCUCACAUUGCAGUGGAGAAUACAGCAGGUGAUGCUGGAGCUGGGAGAAGCUGCAGAGAUAUCAGGGCAGAAAUCAGCCAAGGAGCCCAUGGCAUGUGGUAGCUCAAGAGGAAAAGGUAUUUUCUCCUUGGGACCUGGAUGAGAGCAUGGAAAUAGAAACUGGGCUCAGAAUAGUUAUGAGGAAGGAAGGAGGGUGCUAAGAUAGCCUUGAAAGUACCAGCCCCAUGAUUGUGGGUGCAAAUGAAUGGGAGGGAAACUGCAGCAGGUGAAGGUGUUUUCAUUAAGGAGAAAUUAAUGAGACAAUAAAAGCCUCAGUGAAACCUUGCAGUCCCUGUGUCUUUCCUCUGGUGAAGCUUGCUUGGAAACCUUCUUUCUCUACAAACACAGCUGGAUCCGUCGGCAAAGCCCACCUGGUGCCCAGCAGGGUGGUGGCAGUGCCCAGAGCGGCUCGGUGUGGUCAGCCAUUCCCCUGACAGAGAUGCUCCAACACCCAUCUCCUUGCGGGCAUCCACAGCCUCACGCCAUAGGGACUUGGCGCCACGAGCCCUGUGGGAGCCUUUACCCACCCAUUACGGUAUUUUUUCACGUUUUUUGAAGGUGAGGGAAAGCCGAAAGCCGCCUCGGUCGUGGGGUCCCCCCGCAGCACCGAGGGGCCAAGAUGGCGCCGCCCGCUGCUCCCCUCAGCUCUAGCGGGCGGGGGGAGAGGAGAAGGCGUCGCCUCACGCCCGCCCCCCCCUCCCUCUCUCCCCCGCGCCGCCAUCUUGGGAGCGGAGAACCGGAGGGGCUGAGCUCAGCUGCUGCCUCUGCCUCUCCUCUUCCCCUCCGGCCGGGCUGCCUUCACCCGGGGCCGGGGGGCCGGAGCCGGCAGACAUCUACAUAAUGCUAAAUGGGCUGGACUAUUUAUACAGCAGAAGUGAGGUUCAGUAGCCUGGGAUUUUCUGAGUUGAACACUACUUUGGUCUGUCAUUGGCUGUCAAAGAAAUAUUAGUAUCAAAGAAUGACAGCUCCUUCACCAAGUGGAUGCAUUGUGCAAGAGGUCAUUAUUUACAGCUCCCAGCUUUAUUGAACUCUUCCUUACCUUUCAUCUUUAUUUUCUUCUAGAAGUGGAAGCACAACUUAGGUUUGAUGUUUUGUGUGCCAUCAACUGAAUUUGGGGCCAUCAUGAAUAUAACCAAGGGUGGACUGGUGCUGUUUUCAGCUAAUUCCAACUCAUCAUGCAUGGAACUAUCAAAGAGGAUUGCUGAGCGUUUAGGAGUUGAGAUGGGGAAGGUUCAGGUGUAUCAAGAACCAAACAGAGAAACGAGAGUGCAGAUUCAGGAGUCUGUGAGAGGAAAGGAUGUUUUUAUCAUCCAAACAGUUUCAAAGGAUGUGAAUACUACAAUCAUGGAACUCCUGAUCAUGGUGUACGCCUGUAAAACCUCCUGUGCCAAAAGCAUUAUUGGAGUGAUUCCUUAUUUCCCCUACAGCAAACAGUGCAAGAUGAGGAAAAGGGGCUCCAUUGUCUGUAAAUUACUGGCUUCAAUGAUGUGUAAAGCUGGACUAACUCAUCUUAUUACCAUGGAUUUACAUCAGAAGGAAAUACAGGGAUUCUUCAAUAUUCCAGUUGAUAACUUGAGAGCAUCUCCAUUUUUACUCCAGUACAUCCAAGAAGAGAUACCAGACUACAGGAAUGCUGUAAUUGUGGCCAAAUCACCUGCGUCUGCAAAGAGGGCGCAGUCGUUCGCUGAACGCUUACGGUUGGGAAUUGCUGUGAUCCAUGGGGAAGCUCAGGAUGCUGAGUCUGACAUGGUGGAUGGUCGACACUCACCACCUACAGCCAAAAAUGUUGCUGCUAUUCAUCCCAGUCUGGAGAUACCCAUGCUGAUUCCCAAGGAAAAACCACCCAUCACAGUUGUUGGGGAUGUUGGAGGAAGAAUAGCUAUCAUUGUGGAUGACAUCAUAGAUGAUGUUGACAGCUUUCUGGCUGCAGCUGAGACCCUCAAGGAAAGGGGGGCUUACAAGAUCUUUGUGAUGGCCACACAUGGCCUCUUAUCUUCAGAUGCCCCCAGGCUGAUAGAGGAGUCUGCAAUCGAUGAAGUGGUUGUUACGAACACAAUUCCACAUGAAAUACAAAAACUCCAGUGCCCUAAAAUCAAGACUGUGGAUAUCAGCAUGAUCCUCUUGGAAGCCAUUCGCAGGAUCCAUAACGGGGAGUCCAUGUCAUACCUUUUCAGAAAUAUAGGACUGGAUGAUUAAUUCCUUUUUUUCUUCUUCAAGAAAACACCCGGGCCAAACUGGAAGCAAACAGAUAAGGAGCUGUGAAGCAUAAGCUUAACCUUAAUAUUUCUAUUGAGCCACUUUUUGUUUCUCUUGGUUUAAGUAUCAAAGUAGAACAGUUUUAAAGAGCUUUUUUUUUUUUUUUUUUUUUUUCCCUUUGCAGGGUUUCUGGUGGGGUGGGUUGGGAAUAAACAUUUUACAAAGAAACCCAAACUGUUCUAGUUGCUUUUUAGGUUAGUUGCACUACACACAUGAUGGGGAAAAAAACCCCAACAAACCACAAAACACUUGAAGCAAGAAUUUGGCUUCUAAAUAAGCAUUCCUUUUCCAAAGCUGCUUGCUACAAGUGCUUUAAAAGAGAGUAAAACGAAGUGACUGUAUAAUAUUUGCAUUUUAAAAGCCAAAAAGGUUGUACUGUUGUAUGCAGUUUGGUGAUUUUGUAGGAGUGCUUUUAUAGAAAAAGCAUAUGAAAUAUGCACCUGUAUUUAUUUUCUGCGAUGAAGAAUAAAGACUUUGUUUUGUGUCAGCUUUCUAAAAA